AGCUGUAGAAGAAUGUGGUGCUGGCACCCCAAGGAAGGCAAAUCCUAUCCCCCCAGCUGUGUCCCUGUAUAAGGAAGAAGCUGUAGGAGGAUCUAAAUCUCGUGACCAGACAGACACAGAUCCUAGCCAGCCACCCAUGAUGCUGCACGAGGCUGGAGCAGUAGGAGGAUCAGGACAUUCUACUCCACCAAAUACAAGCCUCAGCCAGCCGUCUGUGCUCCAGAACACGACAGGAAGUGGAGCCGGAUGGGGGGGCACUACUGCAACAAAGACAGACCUCAGCCAGGUACCCGUGAUCCAGCACACGGAAGGAGCUGAGAAAGGAUUGGGUGAUGCUACCCUGACAGACACAGAUCUUAACCAGGCAGCCGUGAUCCAGCACACCGGAGGCGAUGGAGGACGUGUUGUUCGUGCCCGGAGAAACACAAACCUUCUCCAGCCAGCCAAGCUGCAGCACAAAGGAGGAUCUGCAGGAGGACGGGGCGCUCCUGCAGCCGUUGUGCAGCCUCCUGCGCUCCCAAAGAGCUCCUCGGGUGGCAGCCGCGAUGCAGCAGGACUCUCUGGUGCCUCCGGUGUUGGAGCUGCAGGCAAGAAAGGCGCAGCGUCCUUGCAGAAAGCGAGCUCUGCAUUAAGCGGUGCAAACCCGGCUGGUGACUACAGAGAUGAACAGCAGAGACUUGUGGACUGGGUAGCAGAAGACAUGGCGACCUGGGAAUCUUCUGGACAGUGGAUGUUUUCAUGCUACUGUCCUGAGAAGGGCAAGCCUAAUGUUUCAGACUUUCCAGAGAUCUCCCCUGAGGAGCUGCACCUGGGGUAUUACAUCUGCAGAGCCAAGAAGGGCACAGGACUCUACAUAAACGCUGUCCAUCAGUAUGUGCAGCAAUGGAGAACCAGGCUGCAGGAGCUGAAGGUUUUAAACGCCUGGAGAACAGCAUCGAUGAUUCCUGCUUCUAGGCUGUCUGCAGACAGCAGCCUGAGCGUUUUUGUUUAA